AUGCUCAAGAACAGGUCCCUGUUCUCGGGAGAGGCCUUUGUCGACGGGCAAUGGGUCUCCAAGAAGGAGGAGUUCCCCGUCUAUGAGCCUUCGUCGGGCGAGGUCCUCGGACAAGUGUCCAACUGCGACCUGGCAGACUUCCAGAACGCCAUCAAGAGUGCAGAUGCAGCGCAGCGCAGCUUCUUCGAGAGCACAACGGGGGCACAGAGGGGGGCACUGCUGCGAAAAUGGAACGAUCUCAUCCUGAGCAACCUGGAAGACUUGGGAACGAUACUGUCCCUGGAGAACGGCAAGACCAUCAGCGAGGCCAAGGGUGAGAUCACCUACGCCGCGAGCUUCAUCUCGUGGUUCGCCGAAGAAGCGACCCGGAGCUAUGGCGUGACUAUCCCUUCCUCGACCCCUCACACCACGCUGAUGACUAUGCGCGAGCCCGUCGGCGUCUGCGCCAUCAUCACGCCGUGGAACUUCCCCGCCGCCAUGAUCACCAGGAAGGUCGGCCCGGCCCUGGCUGCCGGCUGCUCCGUCGUGAUCAAGCCGCCCAGCGAGACGCCCUACUCGUGCAUCGCCCUGACCAAGCUGGCCGUCGAGGCCGGGCUGCCCCCGGCCGUCAUCCAGGUGUGCCCGACCAAGAACCGCAAGGCGGCCGAGGAGCUGGCGACGAACCCCAUCGUCAAGAAGCUCAGCUUCACCGGGUCCACCGGCGUCGGCAAGAAGCUGGCGGAGCUGGCGACCGGCACCCUGAAGAAGGUCAGCCUCGAGCUGGGCGGAAACGCUCCUUUCAUCGUCUUCAACGAUGCCAACCUCGACCUGGCUGUGGAGGGUGCCAUGUUUUGCAAGUUCCGAUGCUCCGGGCAGACCUGCGUCUGCGCCAACCGGCUGUAUGUGCAGAAGGGCGUCGCCAAGGAGUUCACCGCGAAGCUGGUCAAGGCCGUCGAGGCACUCAAGGUCGGCCCCGGCAUGGACCCAACGACGACGCAGGGCCCCCUCGUCAACAAGUCGGCCACCGACAAGGUCCGCGAGCACGUCGAGGAGGCAGUCUCCAAGGGCGCCAAGGUCGAGACGGGCGGCAAGGCAAGCCGGGAGACGGGCUUCUUCUACGAUCCUACGGUGCUCUCGGGCGUCACGCCCCAGAUGCUCGUGAGCCGCGAGGAGACCUUCGGGCCCCUAGCGCCCGUCUUCGAGUUCGAGACGGAGCAGGAGGUCCUGCAGCUCGCCAACGACACCGAGUUCGGACUUGCUGGCUACUUCUUCUCUCAGGACGUAGCGCGGGUGAUGCGGGUGGCGCAGAAGCUCCAGGUCGGCAUGGUCGGCGUCAACACGGGCAAGAUCAGCGCUGCCGAGGCGCCGUUCGGCGGUAUCAAGGAGAGUGGCUACGGCAAGGAGGGGAGCUUGUACGGCCUGGCCGAGUACCAGAACAUUAAGAGCAUUACGAUUGGCAACCAAAACGUAGGAUUGUAG